UGCCUUUGUCUAAAACACUGUUUUCUCAAAGCAAACAACUUUUUUUUUUUUUUUAAUUUUUUUCUUCUCCUUUAAACUCAUCCAUCAUCGACCUCUCUUUCUCUCUCUCUUUAGGAUCAAACUGGUUCUUCAACUUGGGGCUACUUGGAUCAUCCACUAAUGUAAUGCUAAGUUCUAUGUUCCUCAGUGUGAUGUGGUAGUGAGGUUGAUAUAUUGGGGUAAAAGGAAAAGGAGUGUUGGAAAUUUGAACAUUCUUUGUAUAUGGAGAGCCCCAAAACCCCAGAAACCCUAGAAGCCCAUGACCCACGUGAUAAAGGCCUGGAAGAAUCUUCUGGGUUUGCUGGGUUGUUUGAUUCAAGUGGGAACUAUAAUGGGUUUGAGUCCAUUCUGGAGAUUUCUGCUGGAGGAAAUGACAAAUGGGUUGAUGUGAAUGAUAAUGGUGUUGGGGUUGACAAUGUGGAAGCGGUGAAUGGAGUGGUUGGUGUUGAGGAAAGAGAUGGUGGUGUUGAAGGUGAAAACGUGUUUUUGGGGGUGGAACCAAUGGUCAGUAUUGAAGAGGGUGGCAUGGAUAGUGUUGGGGUUGACAAUGUAGAAGUGAUGAAUGGAGUGAUUGAAGUUGAGGAAAGAGAUGGUGGUGUUGAAGGUAAAAAUGUGUUUGUGGGUGUGGAAUCAAUGGUCAGCAUUGAAGAGGGUGGCAUGGAUGGUGUUGGGGUUGACAAUGUGGAAGUGGUGGAAGGAGUGGUCAAAGUUGAGGAAAGAGAUGGUGGUGUUGAAGGUGAAUGUGUGUCUGUGGGUGUGGAAUCAAUGGUCAGUGUUGAAGAGGGUGGUAUGGUUGGUAUUGGAAUUGACGUAGUGGAAUUGGUCAAUGGAGAGGUUGAAGUUGAGGAAAGAGAUGGUGGUGUUGAAGGUGAAAAUGUGGUUGUGGGCGUGGAAUCGAUGACCAAUAUUGGGGAGGGUGGCAUGGAUGGUGUUAGUAUUGAGAAGGGUUAUAUGGUAGGUGGUGAGGUUGAUAGGGAUAAUGUGGUUGUGGGAGUGGAAUCAAAAUUGGAUGGGGACUUGGGGGGUUUGGUGAGUAAUGGGUGUGAGGAUGUGGGAGUUGAGAAGAUUGUGCAAGAGGAGGGGAUGAAAGAGGACAAUGGGUCAGGAUUAGAUGAAAUUCAUCCAGCUAAGAAGAUUGAAGUUUCGGGAGAUGGUAUAUCGCUUUUUGUGGAUAUCUGUGGUCCUUCUGAUGGACUUGAUGAAGAAGAAUGUUUUGAAUUGACUGGUAGUGGAGAGAAGUCAAAAGAAGCUGAAGAUGAGGAGGAAAGUGGAAUUGAGAAUCAGGAAUAUAAUUUUUCUGUGGGUGAUAUUGUGUGGGUUAAAACAAAAAGUAAGACAUGGUGGCCAGGAAAGAUUUAUGAUCCUUUGGAUGCCCCGGAGCAUGCUGCAAAGGGUGACCAGAGGAACUGUUUACUUAUUGGAUAUAUCAGGAGUAGCCAUGUUGCUUGGUGCAGUCCAUCUCAAUUGAAGCCUUUCCACAAGUACUUUGAAAAUAUGUUGCGAGAGAACAAGUCUAGAAGCUUCCUUGGAGCUGUGGAGAAGGCUGGACAAGAGUUUGGUAGGCGUGUGAAGUUGGAGAUGACUUGUUCUUGUGCUUUGAAACAAAUUCAGCUGUCAGCUCAGUCUCCUCAAUCCAAGGAGGGAGCUACAGGACCAGAUCCUGUCUCUGGUGAAGUUGAUGAAUUUUCAGUUUCUCAGUUCCAACCUGCAAACUUUCUAGCACAACUCAAAAAAUUUGCCUUGGCAGUUUGCAAGCCUGGAAUGAUUGAGUUUGCUGUUGCACAAAAUCGUGUAUCAGCGUUCUACAGUUCCAGAGGGCAUUUACAAUUGCCAAUGCAUCAACUCCGAGAAACAAAUGUUGUUGAAGACAAUGAUGAUGAAAUGUUAAUGGUUAAAAGAAAAUCCGAUAUUCAGAUUGAAGACCAAAGUACACAGCCAGCUGAAGAGAACUUGCAAAGCUCGCCAUUAACUAGGUCGCAGAAACAAUCAAAGGUAUCAAGGCAUCAAGUUUUUUCGGAAGAGAAGAAUGAAGAGAACUGCAAAAGUAAUGUUGCCGAUAAAGUUACUGUCUCAAGUGGCAAGGCAUCAAAAUUGAAGAAGAGAAAGAGGGCAAAGGAUUCUGAAGUUGAAGGUGGGAGCAAGGGAAGAAUUGAAACGGGCUUUGAGUCAAGAGAACGGAAGAAGAGCAGGUACUUAUCUUACCCAUACAUAAACUGGGAACAAAAGGGCUUGCCAGCUGAAACAGAAGACCCCAAGGCUCCAAUAGCUCCUGAUGGAGAGGAUGCAGAUAUCAGUUCUGAUCACAUCACUGAGUCCCCUGCAAUUGCUAAAUGUAGCAGCAAGAGGUUCUGGAGUAAGUGGUACAAGAAAGUCAUUAGUGGGAGUAAUAGGAAUGGUAAUUCAAAGUUAAUAAACGAAUCUUCAGCUCAAUUGCUCUCUGAACUCCGUUUUACAGCUGUGAAUUGCCUAUAUCCAAUUGAGAAAGAAAAUUUUGAUUCAAUUGAGUGGUUUUUUUCCAGAUAUAGAAUUUCGGUGUAUCAUGACGAAUCUAUUUAUGAGUUGUCCUGCAAGAAUAUGGCUGGUCAAAAUGAGACUAUAGCUGCUGAGCCCAACUUGUUCAAAAAUAAUCUACUGGAGAAUCAGCACCCUUCCCCUGCGACUAAAUCUGGUUCGAAGAAAAGGAAGAAGAGGGAAACCUUGCAGCGUUCAGUGGCUGAACUUACCUCUAGCAUACCAAAUGUAGUUGGAAACAAUGUCUCUGGUGUACUGGAUGUUAACAAAAGCCCUGAUACACAUACGGGGAAAGAUUCUAUAGAGAUAAGUCUGCCUUCAUCCAACCCUAAACCUGAGGGGAAGAUUGGAAAGAAAAAAGGAAAGGCAACCUCGGGGCGAUUGAAGACUAAACCGCUUUCAGGUCUAUCAGAUGUGAAUAUAAAUAUUGCUACAAGUAGCUCAUUUAUGAAGGAUCACCAUCUCAUGUCAAAUGGUAAACCUAAGCAAACACAGCUAAAUAAUGGAGCAAGUCCAAUGGGUCUGCAAACAGAACAAGUGACUGGCAUACCUGAUUUGAAUGGGAACAUUGCUACACACUUACCAUUUGUUGAAGAUCAACCGGCUAUGGCCCAUGUUGCUUCUGCAAGUAAACCUGAGAAGAAAAAGAGAAAGAGGAAAGAAGCUGCUUCAGGGCACUCAGGGAUUCAAACUACUUCUGGUGUACAACAUCUGAAUGGAGACAUUACUACGACUGGUUCAUUGGUCAUUGAUCUGGGGGUAGUGAGCCCACAUUCUUUUGAAGGUAUUACUCAGAAAAAUGACAGGGAAGGGAAGGAAGAAGCGCCUUCAUUAUUUAUGAACUCUGCUGGUGUACUGAAUUUUGGGGGAAGUAAUGCUAGCCCUGGCUUCUUGGUUAAAGAUCCACAAGAGAUUGGCCUCCUCUCAGCUGAAGGUAAACCGAGGAAGAGAGGGAGAAAGAGGAAGGAUAAAGCACCAGCUGAGAAUAAACUUACUGUGGGCAUACCAGAUUUAAAUGGAAUAAGUGGUGAAUAUAUCUCGUUUGGAAAGGAAAUUCCAGAGACUAAUGGGCAUUUAUCUCAAAUCAAACCAGAGCGGAAGAAGAGACAGAGAAAAGAAAAGGCUAGGUCAGAGCAUCCAAGAAGUAAAUUGACUGUCCGGAGACCUAAUACUAACAAAGAAGCUCCGGGGACUGCUCUUCUGUUGACCUUUGCCCCAGGAGUUCCUGUGCCUUCAAAAGAAGACUUUCUCGCUACAUUUUGCAGGUUUGGGCCCUUAAAGGAAUCAGAAACACAGUCGAUGAAAGAUUCUGGUAGUGCCCAGGUGGUUUUUCUGAAAAGUGCUGAUGCUGAGGAAGCUUCUCGGAGUUUAGAGAUGAAUAACCCUUUUGGUGCAGCCCUUGUCAAUUAUCGGCUCCAAAAUCUGUCAGCUAGCUCCAGAGUUUUUGAACCAGAGGGGCCUUUACUCACAACUCUUGGCUCUCCAACAAAGGAAGGACUUAUGACUCCUGGAAAGGCGUCUGCGUCAGUGGCUAACCCUGGUGAGGCGCCUCCACUUGACUUUAUAAGGCAAAACCUUCAGAUGAUGACAUCAAUGCUGGAGAAGUCAGGAGAUAAUCUUUCUCCAGAGAUGAGAGCUAAACUGGAGAGCGAAAUUAAAGGCCUUCUACACAAGGUGACCUCCAUGGCUGGUUCUUCCUCUACUUAAUAGGAAAUGUAGGAUUCGAAGUACUUUAUCUUAGAUUUGCUUAUUAGCAUAGCAAAGCUAUUGAUAGACUGGUUGGGGUCCUUUUGAUUCGUAAAUUGACAUUUGCUAUCGUACUCUCUCCAUGUCUCUGGACGUGGAUGUUAGAAUUGUGAACCUAUUGAUUUAUUGCAAUUGAAGGGGUACAAGUAAUGGCUCA